GUCCAUAGUUGUUGUCUCUCCAGCCCCCAUCUCAGUUCUGUCAUCUAUCGGCGAGCAGAUUUGAGACCAAGGCUAGGAGGCACGGUAGAAAAGACAGCAGCAAAUCACAAAGAAAGCCCACUGGUAGCGUAGGUCAACAGACAUGGGCAGGGCUCCGUGUUGCGACAAGGCAAGUGUGAAGAAAGGACCCUGGUCGCCUGAGGAGGACCGCAAGCUCAAGGAGUACAUCGACGAGAAUGGCACCGGCGGCAACUGGAUUGCUCUCCCUCACAAAGCAGGGCUGAAGAGGUGCGGCAAGAGCUGCAGGCUGCGGUGGCUCAACUACCUGAGGCCGAACCUAAAGCAUGGCGACUUCAGUGAUGACGAGGACAGAAUCAUCUGCAGCCUCUUCGCUACCAUUGGAAGCAGGUGGUCGAUCAUCGCAGCGCAGCUCCCUGGGAGGACGGACAACGACAUCAAGAACUACUGGAACACCAAGCUGAAGAAGAAGCUCGUGCACGGCCUUGAGCGUUACACCGCACACAGCCUGAGCCAACGCAGCAGCUCUACCGUGUCAUCGUCGUCGUCAGCGGCGGUGGCGGCGUCGCCAGCAGAAGCUGCUCCCAUCGUGCCGCUGCAGCACCUCUCGUCACCUCACGAUUAUUCUCACCUCAUCUAUAGCGGCGGCGGCGGCGGCUACGGCGCCUCAAGCAUGUCGACGUCCCUCCUCUCCGCCGCCGCCGCCGCCGCCGCCGGUAGCCGCGACCGCGAGCAGCAGACAUUGAGAACAGAUGCGCCGUGUUUGGUGGACAGCGGCGGCGGCGGCGGCGGCCAUGGCAUCUAUUUUGACGAGACAUGCGCCUCCGCCAUCAGCGGAAGCAGCGUCGUCCAUGGGCUUGGCACGGGAAACUUCGUCUUUGGCGGCCUUCAGUUGUUGCAGGCCCAGGCACUGUUGCUUGCCACCUCCGGUGCCGCUAACCAGCUGGAUGAACCAUACAGCUUUGCCGCCUCCUGCUGCUAUGGCGAGGAGGCAGCAGCCGCCGAUGGUUAAUUAAUUAGACUUAGACGUCUGACGACGGCCGGGCGGCGCCAAUGGCACCACCGCUGGUACAACUAGCUAGCAGCUUUUUUUUUCUACGACAGCACCUACGGCGAGAGGACACAGCGUCGACGACAAGGAGAGCUGGUGCCAAUAAGGCGUGUUCCCUACUUUAACUGUAAUCACAAUUAUCACAAACCAAGGACUGUUUCGUACGUUACGUACUACUAGUUUGUAAGGGCCGGCCGCGGCUUAUUAUAUUAGGACUACGUACUCCAUGUGUUUCUACCGUACGUACGUACCUUAUGGUACGUAUGCGCCUUAUUAAUGUGAUUUCACUGAUUGAUUGCAUA